AGUGAGCGUCUCCCCUGGUUGGCCAAUGGCGACACUCACAUUGUUAUCAACACUUGUCUAAUGAGUGAUCAACAACUGAGAGAGCUGGCUGGAGACUCCUGCUGCAACUUUGUGCCGGAGAGGCUGUGAGUGGCUGACACACUUGCAAACUUCUGCUUUAGGGGGGUGCAAGGAUAACACCUGGACUUGUUACCUGGAUGUGUGGAGGGGAUCCUGGGGAUCUGGAGAUCUGGGGACCUGGGACCAUCACCCAAGAAGGUAACACUACCAAACAGGGGUCAGUUUUGUAAGACAGGGAGCAGCCUAGUUUAGGAGUGAGACAAGAAGAGAGAUCCCUACACAGUGGAGAGCAGAAAACUGGCAGCUGGCAGACACAGGUCACAGCUAAGGCUUGGGAUUCGUUCUCUAGCAAGUUAUAGGUAAGAAAGGGAAUUUAUUGGGGUCAGGACAGUUCUGGGGGCUCCACAAUAGCCUCCAUAUUAAGGACAUUACUCCAUAGAGUCCUGUUUCCAGAUAUAUGGGAGGGGGACAUAGGGGGUUGCUGAGCUUUGUAUUUGAGUAUUAGAUUUAUUGAUAGAACCUUAUGAUAUUCUUACAUAAGAGCUGAGAGAGGGAUCUUAUGUCUGUUGUGCACUGUAAUAGAGCCACGUAAUGCUCUCUGGCUAUAGUGUAUAAAAGACGUCCUAUAUACUAUAUAUGUCCCUUUCUGCUGGUUAGUAAACUGUAAGUGUGUAAUUGUACCCUGGAGCUGAGUCACACCGCUGUGCCCAUGUACAUGUGAGCAGUAUAUAUAUAUAUAUAUAUAGCUAUAGGUAAUAUACAGUGCAUGUGGGUAUAGACUGCUGCUUGGCACUGUCUGCACUUAGGUUUGUGUGGGGGGCUCCUACAAUGGAGAUAAGCGGGGCCCCGUCUGGAUCUCAGGUCCCCCAAACCACCACCUCCACCUCCAUCCCGGUGACUGUGGCCGGGACCCUCCUGCGGGGCCCGCAGUUGCUCCUGCGUGCGGCAGAGAAGUAUCCGCGCACCCCUAAGUGCGCCCGCUGCAGGAAUCACGGGGUGGUCUCCGCCCUGAAGGGCCACAAGCGCUACUGCCGCUGGAAGGACUGCAUGUGCGCCAAGUGCACGCUCAUCGCGGAGCGCCAGCGGGUGAUGGCCGCGCAAGUUGCGCUGCGGCGACAGCAGGCGCAGGAGGAGAACGAAGCCCGGGAGCUGCAGCUGCUGUAUGGGACUGCCGAGGGACUGGCACUGGCCGCGGCUAAUGGCAUUAUCCCACCCCGGCCGGCGUAUGAAGUGUUCGGGUCCGUGUGUACGGAUGGAGGCACAGAGACCAAAAUCCAGAAGUUUGACUUGUUCCCUAAGACGAUGAUCCCUAGGUCUAUCACUCCCCAGCAACUGACCUCUGGGACGAAGGCAGUGGCCCUCGAUAGUGAAUCGGUGACUGGGAGUGCGCAAGGUACCUCUUCUCCUGAAGUGAGGCCAGGCUCUGGCUCUGAAAAUGGAGAUGGUGAAUCUUUUCUCAGCUCACCCAUGUCCAAAGCCCUGAAAGAAGGUGAGGACAGCCCCAGCUCUAUCAGUCCACUGGGCUCUGAAUCUGGAUCUGAUGCAGAGAAAGAUGAGCAGGACCCUAGUUCUUCCUCCUCAGCCAGACAGAGGACCCCCAUAGACAUUCUGACAAGGGUGUUUCCCACACAGAAGAGGAGCGUUUUGGAGUUGGUCCUACAAGGCUGUGGUGGAGAUGUGGUCCAAGCCAUCGAGCAAAUAUUAAAUAACAGAGGGCAGGAAAAGGGUGAUGAGACCUGGUCUAGAGACUCAACACUUCAAAGUAUCCAGCCCUCAGUUUCCACAACACACAGGCCACUCAUAGCAGGGGCUAUCACCCCAGCCAUAGGAACUCUAGGGAGCAGGUCUGCUUUUUCACCUUUGCAGCCUAAUGCCACCCACUUUGGAACAGACACCAACACAUACCAGUUAAGUGGACAUUUAGGACUGAACCCAUUGAGACUGGCAUAUUCUGCUCAUAGCAGAGGACUUGCUUUUAUGACCCCUUACUCCACAGCAGGGUUCAUGCCCACACUAGGCUUCCGCCCACCCAUGGACUAUGCCUUUAGUGACCUAAUGAGGGACCGAGCCAAUGUUCACAAAGACCAGGUCUACUCCAAUGGGCUGUACGGUUCUGUAGUCAAUAAUAACACAGAAAAACAAUGAACUCUUUUCUUUAUUUCACAAGAGAAGUUUUUGAUGACCAAGGAUGCUCAGACUGUGAAGGGCAAAUCCCCACAUCUACUGUGGAUAAUUCCAGAACACAGAAACCUCAGAGGAACCAUAUCCAUGGCCCACCACAACCUAGAUCCUGCUCAGUGCGAACAUUUUUUUUUUCUUAUUUAGUGUUUUUAAUCCAACCAGCUAAUUUCUGGAGAUACUCAGCCUGGAGACUUUCUUUGGCUGCAACAGACGCAUUGUAAACUUUUGUAAGAUGCACUUUUCCUCUGUUUAAAUUGUUGUUGUUUCUUUGCUAAUCAACAAAAGCAUGGGCCUAGCCUUGGUGCAUUGUGAAUUUGCAAUUUAUAAUAUAAACAUAAAUAUAUAUAUAUAUACAAACAGACAAUAUCUAAUGUUAUGAGAUGGGGUUCUAAGUUAUUAUUGACAUUGUGGGUGAAGUCAGUGACUUGCAGGUGAAAAGGACAACAGAUCAGUCGUCAUUGUGUACAGAAAUGUAGAUAAGGUGGGGAAGUGGUAUCAAAUCUGCUUCUUUUUGUCAAUUUUAAAGUAUUGCUGUUGGUUUAAUUGUUUAGAAAUCAAUAACACCUUUUUU